AUGUGCCCCACAAACACUGCCGCUGUCUCUAGUAGCCACCUUGGAAAUGGCAAGCGAUCGUCUGAAGAUGGCGCCGAUGGAAGUAGCAAACGUCCCAAGCAGUUAGUCUCCUUGGGCAACAAGAUUGACCGAACCAAUGACGACAUUCACUCGUCGAUCGACCUCUGUCCAGUGGUCAAGAUGAUUCUGGAUUCGCCUCCCAUGCAGCGUCUGCGCAAGGUGAAGCAGCUGGCCACAGCCGAGCACGUCUAUAUGAAUUGUACGCACACUCGCUUUGCUCAUUCACUCGGCGUGGCUCAUUUGGCCGAGAAGCUCUGUCAACGCAUCGCCAAGCGUCAACCGGUGCUGAAGGCUACACCAAAGGAUAUUCUCUGUGUCAAGUUGGCAGGACUCAUGCAUGACAUUGGACAUGGUCCAUUCUCGCACACCUACGAAGAUUUCAUCAAGAUAUUCUUGCCAGAACAUUUGCAAAACAAUCCAAACCUACAGGAAAAAUACGAAAAUCUGCCGCCUUUGGAUGGAAAAUACAAACAUGAAAAGGUGUCCUUGAUGCUCAUUGAUGCUGUACUCGAGUCCAAAGGACUACGCAUCAAUUUACAAGAACAAAAAUUGGAUGAUCCACUGGAGACUGUCAUUACAGCAGCAACGGUGACUGCAGUGGAUCCUCUUUCUGUGAGAGUCUUUGACUCCUCCAGCAAUCCCAACGAAAAAGAUGACAAUAUCAUUUUGACAUCUCGUGACUUUGUUUUCAUCAAAGAAUGCAUCUGGGGAGGUCCCAUUGACCAUAUCAAUGCAGAGCUCAACAUGGAACAAGACCAGUUUGUGGGACGGACUGAACCGCAUCAGGAAUGGAUCUAUGACAUUGUCAGCAAUCGUCACUCUGGUUGUGAUGUUGACAAGAUGGAUUACUACGCUCGGGAUCAUCGUCCUGCAUUCAAAGGCAGUGGUGAAAUUGAAAAGCUCAUGAUAGAGGAGGCGGUCGUGGCAUGGGGUGCAUGUACUGACCCGGAGGCUUGUUGUGACGGGAAGCACUUGAUGAUUUGCUACCCGACCAAGGUGGUACCCACAGCCAUGGAGUUCUUCCGCCAGCGCUUCCGAUUGCACAAGAAUAUUUAUCGACACAAGAAGACCGAUGCCGUUGGGUAUAUGGUUUGCGACAUUCUCAAAAAAGCCGAUCCUUUCUUCCGAUUGACCAUUCCGAACAACGACGCUUCGCCCUCUACAGGUGAAGACAACUACAACGAACUCCCCAUCAGUCGGGCUUCGCACAAUGUCCAUUCCUUUUUGCGUCUCACCGACUCAAUCAUUGAUAUGAUUGCCAAUACUCGCGCGGAGGGACUGGAAGAUGCCCGAAAACUCAUUCGUAGAUUGGAGGCUGGGGACCAUUACAAGUGCGUGGCUGUCCAACCGAUUGAUCUGCGCCCAACCUCGGUGCAUCGAACCAUCUUGGGCUUGCCGUCAACGCGGAACAGCAAGAACGAAACCCGUCUUGUUGUCGAGCGCACGAAAGCAAUCGAACAUGAGUUGGUCGAAGGUGGAAAAUGUCAUCACAAAGGAGAAGAUGAGUACAUCAAGCUCGAGGAGGGAGACUUGUUUGUUGAGUAUUGCAACAUUCAUUGCGGUCGUGGACCUAAUAAUCCGCUUCAACGAAUGAGGUUCCUCCAGAAGCAUCAGAUGAAAUGCCUUGACUCGGCCACCAACAUUUUUGAGCUACCGGAAGCAAAGGAAGAAAAUGAAGCUACCUAUGAAGCGCAGAUGCCGCGUGCUUUUGAAGAAAACUCCAUUCGUGUUUUUUGCAAGGAUCCCUCCAAGUGUGAUUUGGCCAAGCACGUCUUUGAUCAGUGGUGGCUCGACCAAAGUGACAGGGUUCGUCAGACCACUCCUUUCCGACCACCAAAGGCGAACUUCGAAGGCAUCACCCCUUCGCCCAGCAUGGCAAAACGUGAUCUCAAGCUCAAGGCAAUGAAGCUUUGA